AUGAGGGUGGGAGCUGCAGCCUUGGCUGGGGGAAUAUUUGGAGCGUUGGGGACCAUAUGUUUCUUUCUGGCCUUUGGCACUGACUACUGGUUGGUGGCCAGUGACAACUGUGGACCUUACAUAUGGCCCACUGUAGAAACAACUGGAGAAAAAGAUGCCAAUGGGACUGAGCUGCAGUUCGUCACCAUUUCCCCUGCUUCUCUCACCCUCCACCACGAAGGCUUUUUUUGGCGCUGUGUGUUCCAGGUCGAACCCACCGCAGAUGCAGUCCUGGCAACAUUUUUCACAAACCAACCAGAAUCAAAGGUGUGUGUCCAUGGCUACCUCUUCCCAUUACCAGUUGCACUUGGGCCAGUACCUCAUCCCGAUUAUGAUGCUGCAGCAGUGCUUCGAGGGUUCUGGACAGUGUUUAUAAUUCUUGCACUGGUCUCAGCUCUGACUGGAAGCUUCCUCCUGGUCUGCGGGGUCCCCUUCAUCAGCCAUAAACUCUACAAACUGGGUGGAGCCUUUCUCAUCAUUGCAGCAUGCUUGUUCCUCUUCGUCUUGCUGCUCUUCGUACUGUGGAUGGAAGUGAUGGACGUGAAACGUUACAUUGUCCAAGAGAGAGGGGAGACAUGUACAGAUAUUCAGGUCUCGGUGCUCUACGGCCUGUCUUUCAUGGUGGCUGUAGCUGGCGUGCCCCUGGAGCUCCUCUCUGGGUUGAUCUUCAUGCUUGUGGGACGAGCGGUGCUUGCCAACAAGUGA